GCUGCAGGCCAGCGCUGGCCGCGCCGGCGGGGGCCGCGGGGAAGGCCGUGGAGGUGUUACAGCCUUUUGAAAACCUUGAGAAACAGGAAAAAAUUUCUAACAGAAUGUCGUCAUCUUUUCGAAAUUAUUGUCCACAUUUGGAUUCUGUUGGUGAAAUAACAAAAGAAGAUUUGAUCCAAAAAUCUCAUGGUACUUGUCAGGAUUGUAAAGUCAGAGGACCAAAUCUUUGGGCAUGUCUGGAGAAUAGGUGUUCAUAUGUUGGCUGUGGUGAGUCCCAAGUAGAUCACAGCACCAUACACUCUCAGGAGACAAAACAUUAUCUAACUGUGAACCUUACCACUCUUCGAGUAUGGUGUUACGCUUGCAGCAAAGAAGUAUUUUUGGAUAGGAAAUUAGGAACUCAGCCUUCAUUGCCUCAUGUAAGACAACCUCUCCAAACACAAGAGAACAGUGUGCAGGAUUUUAAAAUACCUACUAAUACAACAUUAAAAACUCCUCUGGUUGCUGUAUUUGAAGAUCUGGAUAUAGAGGUGGAAGAAGAAGAUGAACUGAAGGCAAGAGGUCUUACAGGUUUGAAAAAUAUUGGAAAUACUUGUUACAUGAAUGCAGCUUUGCAGGCUCUUUCUAAUUGCCCGCCUUUGACACAGUUUUUCCUUGAUUGUGGAGGACUAGCUCGAACAGAUAAGAAACCAGCCAUUUGUAAAAGUUAUCUCAAGCUAAUGACAGAACUGUGGCAUAAAAGCAGGCCAGGAUCUGUUGUGCCCACAAAUCUGUUUCAAGGAAUUAAAACUGUAAAUCCGACAUUUCGGGGGUAUUCUCAGCAGGAUGCUCAAGAAUUCCUUCGAUGUUUAAUGGAUCUGCUUCAUGAAGAACUGAAAGAGCAGGUCAUGGAUGUUGAGGAAGAUCCUCAAACCAUAACCACCGAGGAGACCAUGGAGGAAGACAAGAGCCAGUCGGACGUAGAUUUUCAGUCCUGUGAAUCUUGCAGCAGCAGUGAUAAAGCAGAAAAUGAAAAUGGCUCUAGAGGCUUUUCUGAAGAUAAUAAUGAAACAACAAUGUUAAUUCAGGAUGAUGAGAACAAUUCAGAGAUAUCAAAAGAUUGGCAAAAAGAGAAGAUCUGUAAUAAGAUUAAUAAAAUAAAUUCUGAAGGAGAUUUAGAUAAAGAUAGAGACUCUGCAUCUGAAGCAGUUGACCUGAACAACCAGGAAACUGUCAAAGUGCAAAUACACGGCAGAGCUUCAGAGUAUAUCACUGACGUCCAUUUGAAUGACCUGUCUACACCACAGAUCCUGCCAUCAAAUGAAAGUGUUAAUGCACGUUUAUCAGCAAGCCCUCCUAAAUCAGGCAGUCUGUGGCCAGGAUUGGCACCCCCACACAAAAAAGCUCAGUCUACAUCUCCAAAGAGAAAAAAGCAGCACAAGAAAUAUAGAAGUGUUAUUUCAGACAUAUUUGAUGGAACAAUCAUUAGCUCAGUGCAGUGUCUGACUUGUGACAGGGUGUCUGUGACCCUCGAGACCUUUCAAGAUCUGUCCUUGCCGAUUCCUGGUAAGGAAGACCUUGCCAAGCUGCACUCGUCGAGUCACCCGACCUCCAUAGUCAAGGCGGGAUCGUGUGGCGAGGCGUACGCUCCACAGGGGUGGAUAGCUUUCUUCAUGGAAUACGUGAAGAGGUUUGUUGUCUCCUGUGUCCCUAGCUGGUUUUGGGGUCCAGUAGUAACCUUGCAAGAUUGUCUUGCUGCCUUCUUCGCCAGAGAUGAACUCAAAGGUGACAAUAUGUACAGUUGUGAAAAAUGCAAAAAGCUGAGGAAUGGAGUAAAGUUUUGUAAAGUUCAAAAGUUUCCUGAGAUUUUAUGCAUCCACCUGAAAAGAUUCAGACAUGAACUGAUGUUUUCCACCAAAAUAAGUACCCACGUGUCAUUUCCACUAGAAGGCCUAGAUCUUCAGCCCUUCCUGGCUAAGGAUAGUCCGACUCAAAUUGUGACGUAUGAUCUUCUGUCAGUUAUUUGCCAUCAUGGGACUGCAAGUAGUGGACACUAUAUAGCCUAUUGCCGAAACAAUUUAAAUAAUCUCUGGUAUGAAUUUGAUGAUCAGAGCGUCACUCAAGUUUCAGAAUCGACUGUACAAAAUGCAGAAGCUUAUGUUCUUUUCUAUAGGAAGAGCAGUGAAGAGGCACAAAAGGAGAGGCGGAGGAUAUCAAAUUUAUUGAACAUAAUGGAACCAAGUCUCCUUCAGUUUUAUGUUUCUCGACAGUGGCUAAAUAAAUUUAAGACCUUUGCUGAACCUGGCCCUAUUUCAAAUAACGACUUUCUUUGUGUUCAUGGAGGUGUUCCUCCAAGAAAAGCUGGUUAUAUUGAAGACCUGGUUUUGAUGCUGCCUCAGAACAUUUGGGAUAACCUAUAUAGCAGGUAUGGAGGAGGACCAGCUGUCAACCAUCUGUACAUUUGUCACACUUGCCAAAUUGAGGCAGAGAAGAUUGAAAAAAGAAGAAAAACUGAAUUGGAAAUUUUUAUCCGGCUCAAUAGAGCAUUCCAAGAGGAGGACUCUCCAGCUACUUUCUAUUGCAUCAGUAUGCAGUGGUUUAGAGAAUGGGAAAGUUUUGUGAAGGGUAAAGAUGGAGAUCCUCCAGGACCUAUUGACAAUACUAAAAUUGCAGUCACUAAGUGUGGUAAUGUGAUGCUCAGGCAAGGAGCAGAUUCUGGUCAGAUUUCUGAAGAAACGUGGAAUUUUCUGCAGUCUAUAUAUGGUGGGGGACCUGAAGUUAUCCUGCGACCUCCAGUUGUUCACAUUGAUCCAGAUAAACUACAAGCAGAAGAAAAAAUUGAAGUAGAAACUCGGUCUUUGUAAUUUUGAGGAUACAGAGAGUUCUAAUGAGAAAUCAUUUUCACUUCCUCUGAUAUAUACACAUGCAAAAACAUUCCUAAAAGCAUGUUUAUUUUCUUGAUUUUUCAUCUUUUAUCCAAUUUAUUCCUUCUUAGUGGGCAUUAUGGGAGUAUAUAUUAAAAUGUAUAACAUACUACAUGUUGGUGUAUUUCAUGCUAAAUACUUACUGUAAAGUCUUUUAGUGUAACACUUUUGAUAGAGAAGGACAGUUGUGAUCAGUCAGUAGUCAUUAGUUUAUCUUUGUGCUACAUGCAGAUCCAUGGCGUCCUCUGUGGUGUUGUAAAUACUUUUGCUUUGAAACUUUUUCCGUUACUCUAAAAUAUCAUAACUCUGACUAAUCUUUUCAGUUCUUCAAAGUUUAAUUCUAUAGUUUUGACAUGGCUUCACAUAAUGAAGAGCCUAUUUUAAAUUGAGAAUAGUAGUUGGAAUAUUGUUGUUAAUUUCCUACAGCUCAGGAAAGGUAGGGUGUUACUUCUUUUGCACUGCAGAAUAUAACUAGCCUAUUAAAAUACAAAAAAAUGUCUUUUUUUGAAUGUAUCAAGGAUGUAUUUAGUUUGAGUGGAAUUUGUCAGCAGGUAUCAGUAACUUAUUGCUGCUUAUAUUGUAAAAUGUUAAACUUCUAUUCCUAUAACUCUGGCUUAGUAUUCAUUAAUGUCAGUAACUAGAAAACUUAGAUUUAGUUUCAAGGCACUUUUUGAGAGCAUGAAGUGUGGAAUGUGUCAGUGAGAUUGUUGAUAAAGCUGAACCCACUUGCAAAUUGAUUUUUUAAUAAAAUACAUAGUCUUUUUGAAUAAUGUAGUAUGUACUGCUAUUUGCUUGAUUAUGUAAUGUCAAAAAUUUAGCUAUAUUCCAAGUACAAAAACAUACUGGAUUACAUGGUGGUUGUUGAGUAGCUUUCAUGAUGGUUUUGUUUUGGUAUGGGGCAGCUGCCAGCAGCUAAAGCAAUGUUGUUAAAAUUAAUAAAAGUGAUUUUAAAGUGUA